AAGUGGCUAUAAAGCAUGAUUACAUCCUUUCCUCUGCUUGAGCAUCUGUCUUUGGGUGGACGCAUGUUGCAAGAAGCUAUUAAACUCUCUAGUCAAUCUCUCAAGGAGAUACGUUUUAAUGAUUGUAUGAAACUGGUGGAAGCAGAGGUUGAUACACCUAAUUUACAAUCUUUUAAAUAUAGUGGGAAGACCAUACCUCGCUUAUAUUUAAACAGCGUUGCUGAUUAUCGGACAGCAGAAUUCUCUGCCCUUCUUGAAGAUAUGGACAGUUUAUGGUUCACAAGGUUGUACAACUUUCUAAGAGAUUUCAAAUUUCAAGACCUGACUAUUGAGAUGUGUUCUAUACCAGGUAGGGAAAUCUUCUUCAAUGCUGAGGACUCUAUCGGGAAACAGUUUCCUCACUUUGAAUUCAACAAUAUGAAGUUGGGUAUGCUUAUGUUUGGGACGACAUCAAUAAACUAUGCAUCUCUUUUGGAUGGCUUAUUCUGGAACUUGCGUCCUAGGAUUCUGUCAUUUAAGCUUUCUCUUAUUCCUAAAAUUUUGAAGGGGCUACUGAAAUGUUUGGUGGCUGAAGGACCAAAUUGUUACUGCUCUCAAAAUCUUGAUUGUUGGCGUCACUCGUUGAAGGGUAUAAAGCUGAUUAAUGUGAAAGGUUUGGAGAGUAAUACUGUACUUAACGCGAUGACCCUAAACAACUUGACUAAUUACUUGGAUGAUUGGGUGAUUGAAGUCAAGAAGGGACUUCUGGAGAAGAAUUUCCCUGUGAAUUCUUUAUCUUUGGAAUUGUCAUGGUGCUAAGCUCUACCAGUACGCUAUGUUGUCGCUGUUCCCGUUCCCAAAGCUUAUGACAACCAUCGUUAUUGCCUUCAUAAUACACAGUUUGGCCAGCACCAGUAUCGUUGAAGUUAACACCGUCUAGUAGGCCAGGUCUUCUAGUUGCUGCACAACCUUCCAACUUUGCUUGUAACAAUCACUAAAGAUAUCUGUAUAAUUAUCUUGAGUAGGUCUGUAGGUGUCUGUCCAUCACAUUCCAAGGGAGAAGAAUCUGGUUGCGCAUGAAUUGGCCUGUUAUGCAAUGGCAAUGGCAAUGACUGUGGGGCACAAGGAUCACUUCGAGCUCCAGAUUGUGCCAAGCAAGCUCUGGAGCGUGAUAGUCGCAACAUUUAUGCUUGAUCUGAUGUUUCUGCUGUUCAUAUUGCUGCUGCUGUGUUACAUCUUCAAGUUCUGUUGUACUCCGUAUUAUAAAAUUGGUAGUCUGGUUGGUAGGUAGGCUUUUUGGGUUAUUGCCUGCUGGUGCUUCUUGGCUUUUGUUUUUCCCCUGUAUUUGCCCCUAUAAUUAUGGGCUGCUAAACUCUCUUAUGGCCAAGGCCUUUUAUAAUACUUCUCUUGUUAAGAAAAA